AGAGGAGGAGGAGAGGAAGGGUAGUGAGGAGAGAGGCCGCGACAAGGACUAGGAGGGGAUCAAGCGCGGAGGCCGCGCGGGGCGCAGCGGGCACCUCGGCCGGGCCUCCCCCGCGAGCAAGGCGCCGCCAUUCCGCUGCUCGGGGCGCCGCCACCGCCGCCGCCGCGUCCGGGGGCCAUGCUCCCGCCGCCCCCGCGCCAGCCGCCGCCCCAGGCGCGCGCGGCCCGCGGUGCGGUGCAACUGCAGCGGCCCUUCCUGCGCGGACCACUGGGCGUGCUGCGGGUGCUGCAGCUGCUGGCUGGUGCCGCCUUCUGGAUCACCAUCGCCACCAGCAAGUACCAGGGCCCCGUGCACUUCGCGCUCUUUGUGUCCGUGCUCUUCUGGCUGCUGACCCUGGGCCUCUACUUCCUCACGCUACUGGGCAAGUACGAGCUGGUGCCGGUGCUGGGCUCGCGCUGGCUCGUGGUUAACGUGGCACACGACCUGCUGGCGGCCGCGCUCUACGGUGCGGCGACGGGCAUCAUGAUCGACCAGACGCAACGCCACAGCUACUGCAACCUCAAGGAUUACCCGCUGCCCUGCGCCUACCAUGCCUUCUUGGCGGCCGCCGUCUGCGGUGGCCUCUGCCUCGGCCUCUACCUGCUCUCGGCGUUCUAUGGCUGCUGCCGUCGCUACCAGGGCAAGCAGGAGGUGGUGUGAGGCCGUCGGCGCCCGACGCGGCCCCGAUCGGCGCCGGGACCUCCAAAGUCCUUCCUGCCGCCGCCGCUCCGCGCCUGUGCGCCCUGGCACCCUCCCUUUGCCUUGCCUUUCCACUGCCGCCCACGCCCAAGCCCGCUGACGUGUAGUUCCCGCCGGAUCGCAGAGCCGCAGUCCACUCCAGACUGCAGCGCCGACGCGCCGUCGGUCUCCAGCGACCAGCACGGCGAUCCGAGGGGCGGAUGCACACGCUCAGAUGGUCAAAAUCUCGAAGUUCCUUUCCCCCUUUCCUGCUGAGAGCAAGACGUGGACAGGCGCCGCGUAGAUCCGGGGGAGGCUCCCAAAUUGGAACCAGUCUUAGGACUGCGCCACUGUCCCCUCCCUCUUACCCCGUGGUCUGAAGAGCACACCCUUCCCGGGCCCCUCUUCCAGCCUCGGGUGCUGAAAAAGGCAGGCAGGCAGAAGCGGGUGGAGCUGGUGACAGGCCUCGGCUGGUCCUCCCAUGAGUAACGGGCUUGGUUUUAGUUUGGGAUUGUGCGGACAUCCUGUGCAGCCCCUCCCUGCCCAUCCCUUGGUGGGGCCAGUCUGCAGAGGUGGGGAUAGAUAGGAAAAGCUGGUGGGCUGUGCCCUUACUCCUUUGGGGUCUUCUCUUGCCUCUGCCUCCUCUGCCUUUGUCCUCGCUGUUCAUGCAGGCCAAACACACUAACUUCCCUGGCCUCACAGUGACACAAGUCUCUUUCCAGAACUCACUGGCCUCUGUUAAACCCCUGCCCCUCAGCAUCUGUUUGCAUUAGGGAUCCCACACAACUGUGGGAAUGUUAGGGUGAGGCCCACCCUGUCUUUGUACAGAUGAGGAUCCAGAGGCUGCUCUUGGGAACAGUCAGCACAAGGUUAGAAUCAGGUCUCCACAUUCACCUGUGGCUGGUUUACACGAAAGCAGUGGGUGUUCCUGGAAGCCUGGCUCAGGAGCUAGCUCCUCAAAGGGGUUUGUGGGUAAUGUCUCCCCUUCUUGGAGAUGGGUGUUGCUGGUUAGUCCCAUGGGUACAAGAAGUCCAAGCACAGUAACUUAGCAUUAGUAUCAACUGCUUCUGGGCCUGGGCCAGUGUUUCCCACCUUAGGGUUCCGGGCAGCUCUGUGUUGUCCUGAUUCUAGUUCAUUCCCACUGUCUGACCCAUUGACGACGAUUUGAGAAGUUCCUUUUUCCCAGGGAAUUGCUGGGACCCACCAUAGUGAGGAAGGAACUAGCUGAUUCUCAAUAUCCAGAGACCUGGAAACUGGUGAACUCGAACAUUCUUUUACAUUGUUGAAGAAAUGAAACCAAGGUUAUCCAGGUGGUUUCCUAGUGAAAAGGAGAGACACCUGUAGGAGAUCCUGGCAUUGACUGGGAGCAGCUGUCAGGGUGGGCACUGCUCACCAAAGAGGAGAAAUGUCUGGAGCCAGGGUAACAGCUGGCUCCGCCUCUAAGGUUUCCAUGAUACUGAGGCCAUGGAGAUUCCUAGAACCCUGUCAAGCACCCCCUCCCCCAGGGCCUGCUGUCCUGGCUAGCAACACCUUUAUGACCUGGAGCCAGCAGAAGGUUUCCGAGUCUUCACUGCAGUGGGGCAGGUGGAGAGAGGGGACACCUUCUGCCCAACAACCUCCUUUUCACGCUAUCCAAUGGAAGAGCUGUGACAAGGACGACUGAUUUUUGCCUUACCCUGAGAGAAUUCCAGAUUCUCCUGUGUUGAUUUGGGAACAAGAUUUCAGCCACCUGGAACUGAACGCUGCACCCCUAUACCCUAAACGAUGGUUUUUAG